AUGUCUCUCCUGUUUAGCUAUCAUCACACCCCAUUAAAAUUUGAGUAUGUUAUCUUGUUCAUUGUAGGCGUUUGUUUAUUAUUAUCUCUAAUUGUGAAUACAUCAGCUGAACCAACUCAAUUAUAUGAGUAUGAUUUUGAAAAGUUAAACAUAGUAACUGCUGCGUCUUUUACACCAAGCCCAAAUCCUACACCAUCAAUGACAGAUUUUAGUAAAAUUGGACCUACGGGAAAACAUUGGCCAUCGCAUACACCUGUUAUGUCAACCCCAGCCACUCAUUCUGCUUCGUCGUUAGCUGAAGUUCAAACGAUUAUUAAUAAUUUACCUGCUACACUACCAUCAUCAGGAAUUGUUAUCGAAUUAACAAAAAGCUUACCUGAUACAGAUUUUGUCAUAAAUUAUCCCAAUAAAAAAAAAAAUAAACCGUUGACUGCUGAUCAAGAUCCAACUAAAGGAUGGGUAAGAAAUGUUUUAAUUCGUCCUCCAAUUGGUAAACGUUUAACAGUUCAAAGAUUUAAAAUUCAAUGUCCUCGUGUAACAAUUGCUGGAUUUGAUGUUAUCGAUUCAUUACAAGUAGUAGUUGAUAAAAAGGAAACUUGGGAAGGUAAACGAUCAGGCUAUGCUCGUAUGUGGGCCUUGUUACCAAAAACAUAUUUUGGAUUACUCAUGGCAGAUGAAUCAUUCUUCGUCGAGUGCGUUUCAGUAUUCACAUUAUAUAACGGUACAGCUGACAGAGUCAAUGUGAAAGGAUGCUAUAAUUGUGAUAAAGGUAUAAAAGGUGCAUACAUUGACGGAUCAUGGUUUGGAAGAUCAUAUCGUCCAGUAGGAGGUCCAGAGCAUUUAGAUACUUUACAAUGUGCGGUUGGAGGCAAAGAAGGUAUAUUCGAUUUUACUUUAUCUGAUAGUGUAUUAUUAGGUGCCAGUAAUGCUGCAUUUAUCAGUGGUGGGAUUACGGGUAAUUUAACGUUUUCUAAUAGUUAUAUUGAAAAUGCGCCAGGUGGUGGUAAAAUUCCUCAGGGUGCAUCAGCUGUCAAUAGUGCAAAUGCUGAAGAAAAUGGAGGUCAAACUCAGGUAUUGCAUACAACAAUAAAUGGUGCUGAUAAAUUCUCAAGCCUACCGAAAGGUCCAACAGUAGUUGAAUAUAGUACAUUUGCCAGAAAAGGCUUUUCUAACACUGGAAUUGGAAAUAAUUUCGCUAAUUCAAAAAUAAAUCCACCAAAUUUGCCUGAUUUAUUUAAAGUUUGGCCUGAGUGUCCUGUACCCUAUGAAUAUUUUUUAAAUCAAUAUGGUAUUCCAGGUUUUAAUACUCCAUGGGCAACAAUGGCAAACAAAUUCAUUCCUGAUCUAUCAAAAUAUGUUGCGUCAACUAACUGA